CCCCUGUGAAUUAGUUUGUUGUGUACUAGAAAGCUUUUAAUUUCGGCAAAGUUUGACUGCCAUAUAUAUGUUUUUAAUAUUGAUUUGAAGAAGUUAUGUAUGAUUUUCGUACAGUAAUGUCUUAAAUGUUGUCAAAAUAACUUCAGAGUUUUUGUUGUUGGUUUUAAGAAAGGCUAUGAAUAGGCGAAGAAUUUCUUUAGAUGAUGUUGUUUGGGAUUGAGUUGGCUACCGAAACAACCCAACUCAAACCCACAAAAGAUGGAGCAUCAAUGUCGGAUCCUACUUUGCCGCUUAAUUUCUCCCUCUACACCAACGGUACAGCGAAUGCCAAACAAUCAAAAAAUGUUUCAAACCCAAAAAUUUCAAAAAAAAAAAAAGAGGAAACGAAAAGGAAAAUUCUUUUAAUGACAUAAUCCAGUACUUGCCAUUUAACAAAGAUUCCUUGAACCUUUGUUCUACGUGCGCAUCUCCACAUCAUCUCUUUGUCUUCUUAGGGUUGGGCUCUUUGCCUUUGUCAUGUCUCCCCAAUCUUAUGCCAAGCAACGGGAGAUUGUGAUUCAGUGGUUGAACACCGUUCUUCCUGAUCUCAGGUUGCCAACAGAAGCCUCAGAUGAAGAGUUGCGAGCUUGCUUGAUUGAUGGCACUGUCCUAUGUAGAAUCUUGAACAGGCUUAGUCCUAGUUCUCCAAACGAGGAAAGUUCUGAAAAUUCUUCAGUAUCGCAGUCAGAAAAUGUUAAAAGAUUUUUAGCCACUAUGGAUGAGUUAGGGAUACCCAGAUUUGAGGUGUCAGACCUAGAGAAGGGAUCUAUGAAGACUGUUGUCUACUGCCUUUUAUCACUAAAGUUACAUUUCAUAUCAUCUGGAGAGGAGUUAUCUACCUUAAGUACUAUUACUAAAGCUGAAAGCAUUGAUGAUGAUGGAUCGUCCCCUGGCUCUCUCCAACAAUUUUUUGGUGAAGAAAUGAGGAACGCUUUCCCAGGAUUAAAAUUGCAGUGUGCCAUGCACAAUCAAGUUAUUUCAGAACCAUCACCUGCAGUAUUGAAGCAUGUUGGACACAAGUUCCAUGAGGUGUUUCAGUUGAAACAAGCAUGUUAUGCUGAUCUCCCUGUGACAAAAAUUUUAGAGAUGAUGGAGUCAAACAGUUUAGAAAGUGCCCCAACUCAGGCACUUUUACAUGUUGUGUAUGGAAUUCUGGAUGAAACUGCUGAAACAAUGAACAGCGAAAUACCUCAUCAUGUGGCUUGUCUCUUGAGAAAAGCUGUGCAGGAGAUGGGACGGCGUCUAUCAACACAAGCAGAUCAUCUAAGAACUCAAAACAAUCUGUAUAGGGCUCGUGAGGAGAAGCACCGAUCGAAAAUUAAAGAACUUGAGGCCCUUGUAUCUGUGUCUCGUAAAGAGACUAAGCAUGUCACAGUCCAGCCUCAGCAGAUAAGGAGUCGAAGAAAAAAGAACAUUUCUUGGUUUUCAGCUUCAACACUCUUGAAAUGCUUCCGCCCUACCUCACAGACUGCAAACUCGAAAUUGGAAGAAGAACAGAAAGUUGAGAAGCAGGAGAUGAUUAAGUUGGUGAAAGAAAAUGAGAAAAACAUCCUUGAACUUUCAGCAAUGAGACAAGAACUAGAUAUUGUUGGAAUGGUGCACAAGUUUUGCUCCUUGGAAAUGGAAGCAGAGGCAAAGGCUGCUAUAGCAAUACUUCAACUGAAGAUAAAAGAGCUUGAGUGCCUCCUUGCUGAUUCAAACAAUAAGGUGAAAGAGCUUGAAGCAAGUUUCGAGUCAAAAUGCCAGAGUUGGACCAUGAAAGAGAAAAUCUACCAAAGGUUUAUUGAUUUUCAGUUUGAAGCAAUGCAGAAAUUGAGGUCAAGUUCCGAAGCCAUUAAGCAAGAAGUUUUGGAAACACAGAAGAGAUACUCCUUUGAAUUUAAUCACUUAGAAUCGAAGCUCAAAGCAGUAACAGAUGCGGCAGGGAACUAUCAUGAAGUUCUUAAAGAAAAUCAUAAGCUUUUUAGUGAGCUACAGGAUCUGAAAGGGAACAUUAGAGUUUAUUGCCGAAUAAGGCCUUUUCUACCUGGACAAACCGAAAAACUGUCGACUAUAGAAAAUAUCAGUGAAAAUGGACAGUUGGUUAUUGCGAAUCCCUCCAAGCCAGGAAAAGAUGGCCAACGGUCGUUUAAGUUUAAUAAGGUCUUUGGCCCAGAUGCUACUCAAGGAGAGGUGUUUGCAGAUAUCCAACCCUUUGUUAAAUCAGUAGUUGAUGGAUAUAAUGUCUGUAUAUUUGCUUAUGGUCAAACUGGUUCUGGGAAAACCUAUACAAUGACUGGUCCUACUGGGGCAACUGAAGAGGAAUGGGGUGUUAAUUAUCUAGCUUUGAACCAUCUCUUCAAAGUCUCUCAAGAUAGAAAAAGCAACAUGGUCUAUGAAGUAGAAGUUCAAAUGGUUGAAAUAUACAACGAACAAGUGCGCGAUUUAUUAUCCAGUGAUGGUUCUCCGAAGAGAGUUGGGAUUACAACUAUCUCUCAACCUAAUGGGUUAGCUGUACCUGAGGCUUGCAUGCACCCUGUUAUAUCAACCUCCGAUGUUUUAGAUUUAAUGGAUAUCGGAUUCAAGAAUCGAGCUGUUAGUGCUACUGCUCUUAAUGCAAGAAGCAGUCGCUCUCACAGCAUUGUCACUGUUCAUGUUCGUGGGAAGAAUGUAAAGACUGGAACUGUAUUGUAUGGUAAUCUUCAUUUGAUAGACCUAGCAGGCAGUGAAAGAGUAGAUAGAUCUGAGGUAACUGGUCAUAGGCUUAGGGAAGCACAACACAUAAACAAAUCAUUAUCUUCCCUAGGAGAUGUAAUUUUCGCUCUUGCAAAAAAGAGUCCUCAUGUGCCCUACAGAAAUAGCAAGCUCACUCAAGUACUUCAAAGCUCUCUUGGAGGCCAGGCAAAGACCAUCAUGCUUGUGCAGCUCAAUCCUGAUGCCACUUCCUUUUCUGAAAGUAUGAGUACUUUGAAGUUCGCUGAACGAGUUUCUGGAGUUGAGCUAGGUGCUGCACAAAGUAGCAAAGAGGAGAAGGAUGUUAGGGAGCUACUGGAGCAGAUGGCAUCUCUCAAGGACAAAAUAGCCGAAAAGGAUGAGGAGAUCAGGCGGUUGAAAUCACUAAGAGAUCUAAAACCACGGAUACCGCAGCAACAUCAACUGUGAGCAGCAAGGAACAGGCUGAUUGAGAAACUGAUGCCUCAUCUGUAAUACACACUUUUUCCUGAAGGCAUAAGUUUGGGCAACUGAAUAUUCUUUCUUCUCUUUUUCCUCAGGAAUCAUUGAUAAUUGUAUAGUUUGCUGUUCAAUUUCAUUCAGAAGAUCCCAAAAGUGAUCACAUUCUUUGUUCUAAUGAGAUUCCAAAAGUGAUCAUUUUUUAGACCAUAUUUCGCCUCCUUUCAUUUACAUCGAAACAAGCUAAACUGCAAAGUUUCAACCCAUUACUGUUUGAGUACUAGCAGUUUUCUUCUUAAACAUAAAAUAUCGCUGCAUUUACAUCUGAAGUUACAUUCUAGAAGUGACAACUAGCUUUACUGGGUUUGCAGAUAACAUAAACUUGAUAUGGGGAAACUUCGUUCCAGUGCUUUUCUUCAUUUAGGCUGCAAACAGAU